UUUGCACAGUUGCACGGAGCUGCAGGCCACUGUCACUGGAGCCUUCAUUGCCUAGCAGGGUCUUUGUGAGGUCACACUCACAUUCCAGGUUCUUAGAAAACGCCUCUACUACUCAUCACUGCUCCUGCCAAAGCAAGACCAAGGAAGAACACCUGUUCUUUUGCCAGGCUUCCCACCCACUGCCCUAACAUAGUACUUCCUUAGGCCCCUCACAUUCUUGGCACUUCUCUUGUGGCACUUCAGGUGUCCCAUAUUUUCCUAGAAAAUUCAUCACCUGGUGUAGCACAUGUUGCCCUGUUAACAGUCACAUUCCCUGCACUGCUCUUACCCAAAAGGAAUUACCUAUUUUGUACUACUUCCUUUGCCAGGCAAAACAGUCUUCACCCUUGGCCAGUUGUCUGACAGCACAGCAGCUGGCCUUCAGGCUGCCUUUUUCUACUGCCUUGUUCUUGACACUCCAUGGAAGUGAGCACAAGCCCUACUUCCUGUGCUGGAAGUAAGGUGCCUUAGCCACACACCAAGUCUCCAAGCCCAACUUCAUGGGCCUUGAAGAUGGCCUCAGAAGCGGUGAAAGUGAUUGUGCGUUGCCGCCCUUUGAAUGAACGUGAAAAGCAGCUGGGCUGCAAGGUGGUGGUCAACAUGGACAGCUCCUGUGGCCAGUGCUUUAUCCAGAACCCUAUGGCAUCAGAGGACCCACCCAAACAGUUCACUUUUGAUGGGGCAUAUAACAUGAGCCACAACACAGAGCAAAUCUAUAAUGAAAUUGCCUACCCCCUUAUAGAGGGUGUUACCGAAGGCUAUAAUGGUACCAUCUUUGCCUAUGGGCAGACGGGAAGUGGGAAGUCUUUUACCAUGCAAGGGAUUCUGGAUCCAUCUUCCCAGAAGGGCAUAAUUCCCAGAGCAUUUGAACACUUAUUUGAGAGUGUGCAGUGUGCUGAAAACUCCAAGUUCUUGGUAAGGGCUUCUUACCUGGAGAUCUAUAACGAAGACAUCAGAGACCUCCUUGGUCCAAACACCAAACAAAAACUGGAGCUGAAGGAGCAUCCAGAGAAAGGGGUCUACGUGAAAGGCCUGUCACUGCACACAGUGCACAGCAUCGCCCAGUGUGAGCGCAUCAUGGAGAUGGGCUGGAAAAACCGUGCCGUGGGCUACACACUGAUGAACAAGGACUCCUCCCGUUCCCAUUCCAUCUUCACCAUCAACAUGGAGAUCUAUGUCGUAGAUGAGAGGGGGCAAGAUCACCUGAGGGCUGCAAAGCUCAACCUAGUGGACUUGGCUGGGAGCGAGAGGCAGUCCAAAACUGGAGCUGUGGGCGAACGCCUCAAAGAGGCCACCAAAAUCAACCUCUCUCUCUCAGCACUGGGCAACGUCAUCUCAGCCCUGGCAGAUGGGAGGUGUAGACACGUGCCCUACCGAGACUCCAAGCUGACUCGGGUGCUGCAGGACUCGCUUGGAGGCAAUACCAAGACACUCAUGGUGGCCUGCUUGUCUCCUGCGGACAACAAUUACGACGAGACUCUCAGCACCUUGCGCUAUGCCCACCGAGCCAAGAACAUACGGAACAAACCUCGCAUCAAUGAGGACCCCAAGGAUGCUCUGCUGAGGGAAUACCAAGAGGAAAUCAAGAAGCUGAGAGCCAUCUUGGCUCAGCAGAUGAACAUGAGCCAGUUGCAAGUGGAGUUGUCUCACAUGCUCCCUCCUGAGGCUGCUCAGCCCGAGGCGAAGCCAGAGCCCUCUCUUGAAUCCCUGGCCGAUAUUGAGAAAGAGAAGCAGCUCAUUCGAGAAGAGUAUGAGGAGAGGCUGGCGCGGCUGAAGGCUGACUACGAAGCUGAACAAGAAUCACGCGUCCGGCUUGAGGAGGAUAUCAGCGCCUUGAGGAGUGCUUAUGACAUGAAGUUCCAUACUUUAGAUGAGAAUCUCCAAAAGGAAGCAGAAACCACCCAGACAGUUGAAGCCAUUGCUGACCAAGAUUCUUUGCCACCAGGCCUUGCUAAAGAAACUGAAGUGUCAGCCAAGGAGUGCAACUCAACUGAGCCUCCUGUUCCUUCUGUGGCCCAGAAUAUGGAGAAAGCUGUCAGACCGGGGACACCUGGGACUGAUGUGGCUGAGGAACUCCCAGUGGCAGUGAACCAGCAGCAAGUACUUGCCAGAUUGCAGAUGCUGGAGCAGCAGGUGGUAGGAGGUGAACAGGCCAAGAACAAAGAUCUGAAGGAAAAGCAUAAACGGCGAAAGAAAAUUGCAGAUGAGCGGAAGAAGCAGCUGCUGGCAGCUUUGCAGAAAUCAGAUGAGGACAGCAGUGACUGGGUCCUGCUCAACGUCUAUGAUUCCAUCCAGGAAGAAGUGCGAGCCAAAAGCAAAUUGUUGGAGAAGAUGAAGGAAAAGCUGAGGGUUGCUGAGACUGAAAUCAAAGACCUUCAGUCCGAAUUUGAAAUGGAGAAGAUUGAUUAUUUGGCCACCAUCCGCCGCCAAGAGCGGGAGCUCCUCCUUUAUCAGCAGCUACUGGACCAGGUGCAGCCCCUCAUACGGCGGGACUGUAAUUACAGCAACUUUGAUAAAAUCAAACGGGAGUCCACGUGGGAUGAAGAAUCAGGCUGUUGGAAAAUCCCAGAGCCUGUCACUCAGAAGACCAGUCUCCCUGCAGCAGUUUCAUCGUUGUCACAGACGAAGGCAGGCAGGAAGAGCUCAUCAUCGGAGAACGGGGAUGCAGCAACAAUGCAGGAAGAAGACCGCUAUAAAGUGAUGCUGAGCAAGAGUGAUAGUGAGAAUAUUGCCAGUAACUAUUUUCGCUCAAAACGAGCAAGCCAGAUUCUCAGUGCUGACCCCAUGAAGAGUCUAGCUUCCCAUAAUUCUCCCCCUUUGCUGAACAACAAUACCUCCAUCCUGACUUCCAGCCUGGCACCUAUUCCCCCUGCCCAAACGGUGGAGAUGCCCCAGCCACGUCCCUUUCGUCUCGAAUCUCUGGAUUUCUCCUCUCCUUCAGCCAAGACAAAGCGCAAGAAAAGCCGGAACAACCUGAGCAGCGGCGACCCUCUCUGACUGUUGUGGUUGUUGGUCUGCUUGCAGUUCUCUUUGGCCAUGCUAGUCAACAUCUGGACACCCUUCCUUGACCCCCAUUUUGGGGACCAUAGCUGCUUUUCAAAGGGAUCCAUGGCUUUUCUUUCCCUUUGGGGGAGAGUGAAAGCAAUUAAAUGCUGCUUCCCACAGACUA